AUUGAGAGUCUGGCAGCGCCGGGCAACUGGGCCCCGGCUGAGCGCAGCGUCCCGCGCGCACCGCGAGGGGACCUGGCACGGCGAGAGCUUGGUCGCGGGUUCCAACCAACCGGCCCCAAAUCGGGUCCCCGGCCCCGAUUUCCGACGUGAGGGUUGGACUGCGCUGCUUGCUGAGGGGGUCCGGAAGUUCGGACAUGGUGACUGAAGGAGGGUGACGUGGUCAGAUCAGGGACCGGGGUCAAGGGGAAGAGGCCAAGAGUGCAAGCGUCACGAGCAGAGCUGGGAGGCGCGUGCAGCGCCAGCGGAGGAGGAGGAUCCCGGAGCCCAAGGUCGUGCCAUGGAGCUGCGUUCGGAGCUGCCCAGCGUGCCCGGCGCGGCGACCGCGGGGGCGACAGCGACGGGACCACCCGUGGCAUCAGUGGCGUCGGUGGCUGCGGCUGCAGCAGCGGCCGCGUCGCUACCAGUGAGUGUGGCAGGCGGCUUGCUGCGGGCGCCGCCGCUGUUGUUGCGGGCGGCGGAGAAGUACCCGCGGACCCCCAAGUGCGCACGCUGCCGCAACCACGGGGUGGUGUCGGCACUCAAGGGCCACAAGCGCUACUGCCGCUGGAAGGACUGCUUGUGCGCCAAGUGUACGCUCAUCGCGGAGCGCCAGCGCGUCAUGGCGGCACAGGUGGCGUUGCGCAGGCAGCAGGCUCAAGAGGAGAACGAGGCGCGCGAGUUGCAACUGCUUUAUGGCACUGCCGAGGGCCUGGCGCUGGCCGCCGCUAACGGCAUCAUCCCACCACGACCGGCCUACGAGGUCUUUGGCUCAGUGUGCGCCGCCGACGGCGGGGGGCCUGGAGCCGGAGGGCCCGCAGGGACCGGAGGUGGCUCAGCGGGCACAGGGGGCGCAGAAGCCAAGUUGCAGAAGUUUGACCUGUUCCCCAAGACAUUACUUCAGGCAGGCCGCCCGGGCAGCCCACAGCCACCGCAGGUGAAGCCCUUAUCGCCCGACGGCGCAGACUCGGGUCCCGGGACGUCGUCCCCAGAGGUGCGGCCCGGCUCAGGCUCGGAGAACGGCGACGGCGAGUCCUUUUCCGGGUCGCCCCUAGCCCGGGCCUCCAAGGAAGCUGGUGGCAGCUGCCCAGGUAGCGCGGGCCCUGGGGGCGGCGGCGAGGAAGACAGCCCGGGCUCCUCCAGCCCUCUGGGCUCCGAAUCCGGUUCCGAGGCUGACAAAGAAGAGACCGAGGUCGCGCCGGUUCCAGGGCUGGGCGGAGGCCCUGGUUCACGGCAGCGGACGCCGCUGGACAUCUUGACGCGCGUCUUCCCGGGCCACCGGCGAGGAGUCCUGGAGCUGGUGUUGCAGGGCUGUGGCGGCGACGUGGUGCAGGCUAUCGAGCAAGUGCUGAACCACCACCGUGGAGGCCUGGCGGCUAGCCUGGGCCCCACUGGGAUCCCGGAUAAGGCUGCAGUGGGUGCAGCAGCAGCUGCCGACGACGCGUGGCCGGGCCGCGUGGACGCCGCUGCCGCUGGGGGGCCGCUGCCAGCGCCGCUGCAGGCUGGGCCCGCCGCACCCCCGCACCACAGACCCUUGCUGGCCGGCGCUAUGGCACCCGGGGCGUUGGGCUCGCUGAGCAGUCGCUCAGCCUUCUCGCCAUUGCAACCCAAUGCCAGUCACUUUGGCGCGGAUGCGGGCGCCUACCCGCUGGGUGCACCUCUUGGCCUGAGUCCAUUGCGCCUGGCCUACUCCGCAGCGGCAGCACACAGCCGUGGCCUGGCCUUCAUGGCACCCUACUCCACCGCGGGCCUGGUGCCCACGCUCGGUUUCCGCCCGCCUAUGGACUACGCCUUCAGCGAUCUCAUGCGUGACCGCUCGGCCGCAGCCGCAGCGGCAGUGCACAAGGAGCCGACCUAUGGUGGCGGCCUAUACGGGCCUAUGGUCAAUGGUGCCCCAGAGAAGCAGUAGGACUAAGGGCCCAGCAGCCUGGCGGCUCCCAAACAUUAACCCCAGCCUUGUUCCCGCGGGCCGCCGGCCCCACUUCGCCUGGCGCGCUCUUUGCGCCCUGGCUGGGGUCUUCUGGCUCGGAGAUGUUUUUUUGGUUUUAUUUUGGAGAGUGGGUGAAAAGAGCUGAGCAAAGGGCAGCAUAUAGAGGUGCAGGUGUUCUUGUAGGGUGUGAGUGGCCUGGAUCCUCAUCCCUCCUUCCAGCAACCUCCACAAGUCUCGCUCAGCGCCUUUUCAAAAGGCCAGGUAUUCUUGAGAAUUCAGAGGGCGGUUGCUCCUGCUGCUCCUUUAGCUAUGCUCAACCCGCCCGCCCACGCUCUCUAACGAACUGCAGGCUAAUCCGAGAGUUUCCUCUGUGUCUCCCCAAUCCUCCCUUUUAAAAAGUUUAAAGUAUUCGCUCUAACAAAUAUAAAUUUAGGAUAUACACAUCUCUUGGCACUGAGUCUAGUCUUUGGGACACACACACACACACACACACACAUAUAUCGAUAUCAUUUUUUUUUAAGGAAACAAGUUCUAAGGUGCACUUUCCUUGUUGCGGUAUUUGUCGCUCUCUUUGUUGCUUAUGCCGAUAAGCAUGGGUUUCCUUGGUGCAGUGUGAGUUUUUAUAUAUGUAUAAAUCUAUAUAUAAUCUAUACAUAUAUAUAUACAAGCCAGUGUAUAAUGUUAUAAAAUGGAAUUCUAAGUUAUUAAUUGUAAUCUGUAGGUGACCUCGGUAUUAACGUGAAAAACAUUCAAAAACAAGCAAAAAAAAAAAAAGGACAAAAUGGAAAAAAUUAGACUAUGCGCGCAUUGUACCUAUCAGGUUUUAUAGAUUAAAUAUACUGUAAACUCGGGACGAAUCCUGCCCACCCGCCCUCUUGCCUGCGGCCGGUCUUAAAGAGCCGUCAAGGUGCGCACUUGAAGCAGGAACAGAGCGACGUGUGACUGAGCCAGAAACGCCCGCUCGCGGGCGCAUCCUCGCCUCCCGCGACUCGCCAAACGCCCUGGCGGAAGGGCCAGCAGCGAAAAACGCUGCUGCAGAAAACCGCUCACUUUGUGCUUUCCUUUGCAUAGAUAAAAGCUAGAAAUAAAUGUUAUUUUCUAAGAAAACAA